AUGGACGCCCAGAUGAACAUCCACCAGGUUCGUUUUUUUUUUCUUAAAUUAUUUUUUUCGGAGAGAAAAUGGCUAUUUCAUAGAAUUUUUCAAAUCUUUUGUUCGAUUCGAACACAGACUGAGUUGAAUAAUUCUAAAAAUUAGCCUAAAAAUAUAAUUUAAAAAUCAGUCUUAUAUCAAACUUCAACGUCUUUGCUGAACUCCUCAGAUUUUUCGAGACGUUUUGAGAUGAGAUUUCGUCUCGGAAUGUCUCGUAAAAUUGCUCUCAUCUUGUAUCGAGACAGAAAAGAAACUACCGUAAUUUGAGCUUUUUCUUGCUCUGCUAAUUUUUCUACUUCUCCCAGCCAAAAAAAGAUUCUCAAAAACUUCGAAAGAUGAAAAACUGCAAGGAGUUAAACUUUUUUUGGCUUUUUUUGUAGGUUUCUGUUAAUUUUUUUAGAAAAAAAUUAAGGCCAUUCCAAUAAAAAAACACAUCAUCUUCAAACUUGAAGGAAAAAAACCGACAACCAAUUUGAAUGUCCCAACCUGAAAAAAACGACUGUAAAUGAACGAUUAGACUUUUCUUUUUUCUUUCUAAACUUUUUUGAACACGGGUAUUUUCAAGAAUAAAAAUCGGAGCAGAAUUUGCGUUUGGAUGAAAACCUUAGCAACUCAAGCUUUGCCCGAUUGCCGAAAAAAAUAUUAAUACUUUGAAAAUUCCUAUCUUUAGCAAUAGGAUUUCGUUCCGAGUAUAUUUAUAUGAAGGUUUUUCAGGGCCAAAAUUUACAAGAAUUCACAAAAAAAAAUAAUUUCAAAUUUUCAGGCCACAAGAUCCGUCGGCUCACAAACCGACGAGGUUGGAUUUUUUUUUUUCGAAAAAAAAGGGAUAGCAUCAGCGUUGCGAAAACGGAAAAGAUGAGAAGAAAUUUCGCUAAUUUUUUUCGUUUACUUGAAUUUUAUAGUAAAAUUGUUCUCACUAAGUAAACGAAGAAGCUGAGCGUUCAGAAAUCGACUCAGGCGUUUCUAAAGUUUUUUUUUCGAAGUUUGUAUGAUUUUAUUUUUCAUCAGUUAUCUUCAAAUUUUAUAAGUCUUCAAUAGAAUUAAAUUUCUAGAAUUUGAUAUAUUUUUGAGACCUUAGUGCUCGAAUUUUAUAACACAACAACUUUCUUUUCCCGGAAAAAGUCACUCCGAAAAAAAUCUUCAAAAAUCUAAUAGUUCUCAUGGAAUUCUCUUUAAAACAUUCAAAGAAUUUUGUUAUUAAUGAAUAAAUUGAAGCAAUAAAUAUGAAAAAUGAAAAAAAAAAUUAUUUAACGGUCAUCUAUUUAGGAGAGGUGGGUGUUCGAUGAGGUGCUGGUCCAGCGUGAAGGACAGGAUGUUGAGCUCUAUUUUGAAGCUCAGGUGAGACUUUUUCAAGCUGAUUUCACAUAAAUACUCGCUUCGACUGCGCGAAAAUGUUGAUGGAGACAUUUUUGAAAAAUUUUUAAAAAAAUUUAAAUUUUUCCUAUAUAUUUAUCCUUAUUUCAAGAAUAAAAACCUUUCAAUUACGAAUAAUUAAUAAUUCGAAAUUUCAGGAGGACCGCCCUAAGCCGCGACUGCGGCAAUCAAACCGCGGUGAGCUUUUUUUCGAUAAAACGGAACACCUCAACUUUGCGAAAUACAAGCUCCUACUUUUGCGAAAUAGCUCGCACUUUCCUUUUCGUAGACACAUGGGAAAGCUCUCACGCAUCAGAAAGAAUACUCGAAGAAAAAGAAAUAAUUGCGAGAGUUGGACGCAUGAAAAAUAAGAAAAGUUCAUGCGUUUCAGCAUAUAACGAAAAAUCAUGAAAUUUUCUAAAAAAAUAUUUUUUUGACCACCGCAAUAAAAAAACAUUUUCAGCGGCUCCCGGAAAGAGUGGUCGACCGUGCUCUGGCCGCCCAAGAACAGCGUAUCCGCUACUUCCUGGAUACGCUGAAGGCCAGGACUCAGCACGGAGGUACAGAACAGUUUCAGAAGUAUCAGUCAUUCUCACGAUUCUCAGCUAACUUGACGAAUCCAACUUUUUCAAGCUUCCAGCAAAAAAACGGUUCACGAUUUUUUUGCUCAAAUUCUAGAUAGGCUGCAAAGCUUCUGGAAACUUGGAAAUUUGUAACCAUGAUAAGGAAGACGAAAAAAAUCCGUCCAAAAAUGAGAAGAAAAAGUCUUUAUCCUCUCUACGAGUUGAUCAUUAUUAGUAGGUCGAACUUUUUUGAUCAAAUACGGAGAUUUCGAGUAUGAAAUUUUUUUAAUAAAUCGAAAAAUUGAAUUGUUUGAAAAAAUAUUUAAGAUCCACAUCAGUACCUGACUAGGACAAAGCUUACAGCUAGAAGUACUUCACCGAAAAGAAAAAAAAAUGAAUGAAUAAAAGGGAUUUGACAACUUUUCGCCCUUUUGCAGCUUAUAUCAAGUCUGUCAACUAUUCAAAAUUAACUCAACGAUGGAAAAAAACAGCGAGACCAGUGAAAUUUGAAUUGAAAAGAAAGAAAUCCCAGCUCUUUUCUAUAUACUUUUUUUUCCAUAAACAAAAUAUAUAAAGCUGUUGGAGCGUCCUAACCCUGAGAACCGGAUAUAGGUUUUUUUUUAUUUAGGCUCAGACCUUGGUGAGGCGAAUGGGACGCGAAUCGGACGUGUCGGGGCCUUUCUAGUGACUACUUUAGUAGCCUCAGAACUCUCAAGUGAUUCCUAGAAUCGCGCAGAGUCGUCCGGAGCACGUCCGUUUCGCGUUACCAAUGUCCGAGGGAGAUCUUAAAAAAAGCAAUUUAGCGAAGUAUCGUCGUAAGUUCAACCCGGGGCUGAAAAAAACGUUCCCUAGCGAGAAAUAAAAAAAUCAAUAUCACAGAUAAAAAAAUAUUUAAACCUUUUUUUCAGGACCACCGAGAAAGGACGCCGGAACGGAAACCGACGAGGCGUGGGCCGAAGAAAAAGGAGAAAAAAAGGAGGAGCUCGAAAAAGAGCUCAAAAAAGAGACGAAGAGUUGAGGUACGAAUUUAUCAGAAGUCCAAAUAAGAACUGAAUAAACUAGAAGAUGAAACUAAGUCUUAUACAGAAAAAAAUAAUCAUUCGAUUCUGAAACCGAUUUUUUGAAAGAUCGAAUUUCGCAUAAAACCAAGAUACUACUUUUUCAAAAAUGUCGAUUUUUUAUUUGUAGAACUGGACCGUAUCGUCCAAAAGCUGUAUCAUCUUGGAGUGAAAAAAUUGUUUCAAACUGCAAGAAGUUUCAAAAAUGUUGAACAGAGAAAAAAUUAUGAUAGAAAAAGUGUGAUUGAAGAAUUAUUCGGUCGCGAUUUUAAGCAAGUGUAUCAUCAAAGUGAGAAGAAACCAAGCUGAGAAAAAUAUUCACAGAAAAUAAAAUUGAAGUCACAAAACAGUUGAGACCUUUCAAUCAAUUCAAUAAUGUUAUAGGGAGGAAAAAGGAGAAGGCGACGGAGGCGAACGCCGAAAAACGGCCGCCUGGCGGUCAACCUCGCCCAGACGACCCUCGCGCUGGGAUGUUCCCUGGCCAGAGGUCAUUUCUCUUUUUAAUGAAUUCAUUAAUAAAAUCAUUUGCAGAAGAAGUCCUGCGCCAGGAACUUCAACUUCUCCGCGCCAGGCUCGCCCAAGCCGAGGAGGAGAAAGGCAGGCUGGCUGCCCAACUCCAGGUUACUUUAAAACUGAAAUAAUCACCUGUAUAAGUUUGGGAGAGCAGUUACUAGUUAAACCACAUCAGACUUGACUUCAAAACAUUAUCGAAUCCAUCUGAAGCUCUUCUCUAUCUCAAUCAAAGCUGAUGUGUUGAAAUAGUCAAUAGUCAAGCUCUUUAUUACAACAUUCACUCCUUUCGGUAGUAUGAAAAAAAAGGCCAGCAAAAAUUCGAACGGCGACUUUUCUGAUUUUUUUCAUAUCUCUAGGGAACUUUUCGACGGAGUUUUUCCGACUUUUUUUAAACGCUUAUUUUUUUAAAUGUUCCUAUAUAAAGUAGGUAAUCGAUUCAUGAUUAAAACACAAAAAAAUAAAAAAUAUGAAAUAAAUGCUUUAUAAACCGAAAAAAAGUAAAAAGAGAAAAAAAGUUGGAUAGUUCCCUAGAGAUAUGAAAAAAAUCGGAAAAAGUUUUAGUUCGAAAUAUUUGUUUGCCUUUUUUUAUAGUAACCUCCUUUCAAGUCUGGAAUAAUCGAUUGGACGAGUUAUCAGAAACCAAUAAAAAACAUAGAAAAAAAUUAAUUUGAAUAUCAUUUAGGCCGCCGUUCAGGCCCUCGACAUCCCCGUCGAAGCGGAGCUGGUGAGAUUUUCUUUUUUUAAAAUAAAAAAAUUAUCUAGUACUAGUGGCCAUGAAAUUGUGAAAGGAUCUAUUUCAAAGUUCAGAGUUUAAAUUCCAAGUUAUAUUCGAAAUCAGACUUUUUCAUAUUUUCCGUUUUACAAUAAGCCUUUGAAUUAAAAAAUAUAUACACAAACAUUUUGCUAAUUAAGCAACGAAGUGAAUGAUUUAAGGCCGCCGAGAUCCAGCCGCAAGAGGACGAAGCUGAGCUUCUUCUCCGCCCUGAAGUGAGGAUUUUUUUUCAUGAAAUUUUUAUUUUCGAAGCUGUCGCGGGCACUAUGGGCACUGCACUUUAUGAAAAAAACGCCUUCAAGAGUCUUUUCAAAAAGUUCAAAUCUCUGUCUCGACAUGAAAUUAGCUCUUCGAUAAUUCUUUUUCAGAAAAAUUGUGAAAGUUCUGUGGGUUAAAUAAAAAGACAACCGAAGUCGGCGAUUAGCUUUCAUAUUAAAAACCUUCAACAAAAAAAGCUUAAUUAAUAUAUCAAUUUCAAAAAAAUACCCAUCUAAAGGAAACUUCAAGUAUUUUUGAACUUCAACUGCGAAGACUUUCAAAAAUAAUGACAACAACGGAAAAAAAGUCGGCUUCUAGACCAAAUAUUCUUUUUAAAAAGAAAAAAAUAACGCAGUUCCUUCACGCCCGAUCACAACUAUAAGUGGCGACCUCUGCCAAUUUGAAAAAAAGUUUUUUUAAAAAUCACGUUUAAUCCAUUACGAAGCUGGUUUAGAGAGCUUCAGUCUAUGUCUCGAAUUCCUUUUUUUCGGAGCCUUUUUCUAAUAAUUUUGAUUUUAUUUUUUUAUGACGUGUUCAAUUUGAUUCCGCGAAAUGCAAAAUACCCGUUAGAGAAAGGAAAAAGAUCACUAAAUUUUUGGAGAGUCAGAGACCAUUUUGCAUUUCGCGGAAUCAAAUUGAACACGGCAUUAUACUUUCUAAUUUUUCUCAAUAUAAUAUCUAAGUUAGCCGAAAUCCUUUCUUUAACCGGAUCAUAAUAAAAUAAACUGUUUCUAUAACAUAAAAAGCUUUCGACUUCAAAAAAAGAUUCAAACUUUUCAGAGCGUUUCAAUAAAUUACUUUUGAAAAGAAUUAUGUAAUUUUUUUAUUGUUAUUGAAGUGAAAUAAUGAUAACCCUUGAUAGUUUUAUUCUUUCAUAAAAUAGGUGAAAAAAAGUUCGAAAGCUAUUUAAUUUUUUUAAAAGCUAUUUUUAAAAACUUUUCAAACUGCUAAUUCUUUAUGUAAAGCUAUCGCUAUUCGAAUCAGUGUACCUGAGAAUUUUCGAGUGAAGGUAAAUUGGAAAGGCCUGCCGUUGUGGUUUCUGAAAAUGAGAUCGGGAUUAAACGAAAUGGGAAAAAAAUUUUCUUGAACUUCCUAUUUCUUCAAAUGAAAAUCAGGGCUACGGAAAGAGUUUGUAGAUUUGAAAGAGAGAGAAAGAAAGUUUUACGGAUACUUCAUAUUCUUCCAACUUGAAAAUUAACAGAAAAACAAAUUUAGAUGGACCAGGCAAGUCCCAGGAAGCGGAGAAGAAGCUCUUCUUCCCACUCGGACGGACCCUCCGUCAAGAGGUCGCGAAGUGGAGGAGAAAGCCCGGACGUCUUCCGCACGCCGGAACGUGGCGUCGAGCAAGCCAGAAAUGGCCACGACGCCACUCCGGGCUACGAAGAAGGAGAAGAAGGAGGGGAGCCGGAGUUGGAAGAAGAGGACGAGGUCGUCCCGGAGAGCGACCAAGAAGAGCUCGCCGAGUCCUCUUCUUCCGGCACAACAUCGCCGGCCCCGUCGACCCCGCCACGAUCACCGCAGCCUCCGACGACGCCACCAAGGACGCCGCCCACGCCGCCAGCUCAGCCAACGAGACGGGUUAGUUUUGGUCAUCAAUAAUGAAAUGAGAAUCUUGAACCAUUCAGCCAGUGAAAAUCUAGAUGCAACAAUCAUCCUAAACAGCUUUCCUUCUCGAUUCUGACAAUCUACAUAAUAACGCAGUUUUUUGAAUACAAAUUGUUUGAAAUCACAAUUAUCAAAAUCAAAACACGCGUAGAAAAAGAGUUACAUUCAUCGUUUGUCAUUGCGGUAAAUUCUCGCGCAUGAAUCUGAAAUGAAAGAAAGUUGAAAAAUUUCUAAACAAUAUACUUGAAAUUAGUAAUUGGAUAACUAGUUUUUUCAGAUUAUCUUUUUGAAAUCGCGAUGAAAAACUGUAACUUAUUUUAGUAAUGAAGUUCUCUCCACUCGAACAAGAAAACGCAACUACACGACUAAAAUUUUCAUGAUAUUAAUGUAUGAAACUUUUCUUGUCACUGGAUUGAAAAGUAAAAUCCUAAUCAAUGCAAUAGCCAACCUCUCUGAAGAGACUCAUUUACGAUGUCAGUUGGAAAUUUGAAACCCGUGCAAAAUCCCGAUCAAUUGCUCCAUAGGAAUUCAAAAAAGAAAACCGGAAGCUCUGAUAAACUUUCUAGGAAAAAUUCUAAAAAAAACGAGCACUUCUCUGUAAAAAAUUUCCUUAAUUUACCAAAAGUAUCUCUAUUUUUCUUUGGAUUACCUUUUUUUGAAUAAUUAAAAAACGAAGAAAAAACAUCAAUAAUAAUAAAAAAAAAUUAUGAUUGAAUUUUUUUCAAUAUCAGAAAAAAAAAGUUUGAAAUAAAGAAAAAUUAAAAAUAAACACCAAGCUUUUUCUUCUUCAAACUCCAGCUGCUUGCGUUUUCAUAUAAUCAUAGACUACAAGUUACAGCCCUAUUCAAUGAUUUCGGAAAAAGAUUCGAAUCUGAAAAUGAUUACGAAAAAAACGAAGCGAAAUUUUUGAAAAAAAUUAUGAAUUCUCAUGAAGAAAAAGCGAUUAUUGUUCCGAAUUCGAGCAAAGUACUUCAAAAAAAAGUCUCAUAUAUAAUGAAAAAAACUCACGAAAUAUUUUUUAAAAACUGUUACUUUGAACAUUAGUUAAAUGAAAAAAACCUUGUGGAAAACGAGAGUCAUAGAGCGAAAAUUCGAACGAAUUGAUUCUUUUUUCAAUGAUUUAAAAAAAAUAACAAGAAUGAUAACUGCAAAAAAAAAAUUAGAUUGGAUUAGUUUCAGUAGUUUCGUUUCGUUUUUCUCUUCUAUUGAAUAUAUGAAAACAAACGAUAUCUUUUUCAGCAACGGCGCGCCCAGGCGGUCAUGGGGGGUUCUCAAGAGGUCGAGCAGGAUCGGCAACAGGCUCCCUGGCCCCCAGCCCAAGCCGCCCGUGGACGCCCAGCCGAUCACGUUGGCAGUUCUGGCGCCGCUGACGGCCGCCGAAGUCGGCGCAUCGAUCAAGAAGAGAUUGGCGGACUACGACAGCGGGGUUUACAUCCAGAACCUCGCUGUCGUAGUCAAAUUGGGAAGGCACCUCUCGACGGCACGCAGACUCUCGAGGAAUCUCCCGUCAUCUCCCAAGGACUUGCAAGACCUCGAGAGUCUGAAAAAGAGCCUCUCGCGACUGUUCUGA